AUGCCUUUCGUUGUCGUUCAAAUACGAGCUGGAACACAAGUUUUGAAGCCCUGGAUAGGCGUACGAGUUCCAGACAAUUCUUCUUUAAAUGAUGUUUAUAAUGAUCUGGUUGCAGGGAUCCUUGAUCAAGGUUUGUAUGUAAAUGUUUAAUGAUUUAAAUAUGUUAAUAUUAUUAUUUUAAUAUGUAUAAAAAUAUGCAAAUUUUAUUUCGAUAUUUGGCGCCAAAAUAGUGAGGUCCAAUAUAUUCCGGCACUAUUUAUAUAUUGCCAAUUUCAAAGCAACAGCACAUCGACGGCGAUCUAUGUUGUUAUAAAAUAUAAAGUUUUAAUAACAGCAUUUCUAACAAUUUUAAUAUUUUAAUAAUUAAUAAUAUAAAAAAACAUAUGAUUUUUUAUAUGGUUUUUGAAUAGGUGAGCCAAUUGAUGAUAAUUCUGCAGUUCAACUAAACAAUGUUCAUGUCCAUGUUGGAAAGAGCAAGAAAGACCUAACCCGAGUAGACAGCCAGUGCACAGUGGCAGAGGUAGAUUCAUUGUGUUGUAUAUUUUAAAUAUUUUGUUUCUGCAGUUCUAGAUCUGUGAUCAUAUUAAUAACGAGUGUACCUGUGUACGGUUUAUAACAUAUAAAGAAUCUGUAUUUUUAUUGAUUAUUAAAAAAUAGGUGGUUGGAACUCUUGGCAACUUCAUUGAGUUUACACAUGAUGCAAAUAUAAAUCGUACCGAGCCUCUUCAGUGUACCAAUGCCUUCCACAUUCUUACUGCUGCUGCCCGUACAUUAACUUGUGUUCCAAGCAAUGUAGUCGUUCACAACCAGAAGGAUAAGUUAAAAAAUGAUAUAAUUUCCUGGUUGAAGAAAAAUGGUGUUGGGUGGUCUCUUCAAUAUGUCGAAACACUAGGUAUUAAAUAAUGUUAUUAUUUAUGUUGUAAAGCUUUUAUUUAUACGUUAUCAGUUAAAACAUAUACAGUGUAUUUUAAUAACUAAAGACGGUGUAUGAAGUAAUAAAAUCGUGUGAUAUUAAUAAAUGUAUGUAUAUUAACAGUAAAUAUUAAAAAUAACUUAAUGUGUGGUUGACAUAUAAUUCUCUGCUCUUGUUUAAUUAGGAAACAAGUUUUUGAACACACUUGCUGACGUGAUGUGGUACAUCGAUGGCAACCAUGUAACUCUUAGUUCCCGUUCAUGUGCCGUACCUGAUUCUUUUGCUCAUUUUCAAGGGUACAAUACACCCGAAAAGAGAAAGAGAAAGAGAAAGAGGAUUGCAGCAGAAAAUCUUAAACAAGCAGAACUCCUUGCAUAUUCUGGGACUUUAUUCGAGCUUGCUACAAAUUCAUUUAUGAAAAGCGAUGCAUGGAAAUGUUUCUACAAUGCCAUUCUUCGACUAGCAACAAACCUCCGCAAAUAUGCAGAUUUUUUAAAGAAGAGCAGCGUGAACAUGGCAAUUCAUCAUAACAAGAUUCUGAAGGGAGCUGACAAAACUGAUAGAGUGCAGUUGCUAUGA